AUGAACCAAGAUGAACUGGUGAAAUUGAUUUUGAUAGAUUUAAGAGUGGUGUUCCGAUCGGAUAUCCAUGAUCCCAAUCAAGAAGAAAAUCAGCAAUAUUCAGAUCGGUUAUUGAAAUUUCUGCAAGAAAAAUUGAGAUGUAAAAAGUUUGUUCCGAAAGCCUUUUCCUUGAAUUCUGAAUUGAUUGAAACGAUCGAACAAAAAGAUCUUCCACCACAGAAAAAUGGUGAUCACAUGACGUUUAUAUAUAUUUGUGAUGUCAAGAUCUCGUACAAUUACGAUAGUAUCAUAUUGAGUGAUUAUGGAACUCAUCACAUUUUCGUUUUUGGAUUAGAGUCAAAAAAAUUUAAGACAAGAAUCAAAACUUUAAAUAGUCCUUCAUACUUGUGUAUUGAGGAGAAUUAUGUAAUGCCUUCUUCGGAUGAUUCUAUUGAGGAUGCAAAUCACAAUAUUCAACGUGGCAAAGAUGCAUUGCUUGUUGUUUGUGAGAGUCGAAACAUGCUUCUUAAAUGUGAUUUCAAAUUGUUGUUACAACAACCUGAUGAUAUUGUUUCAAGUGAUGAUAAAUCAACACAGGAAUCUACACAUGAUAGUAUUCUUUGGUCUUGUGAUUUUGAUUCAUGUCCUCAAGGAAUGGCUAUCAAAGACAAUCAUCUCUUUGUGUGCUUGGCUAGUGCUAUGAUCAAAAUAAUGGAUUGUUGCACAGCAAAAACCAUCAGUGAAAUUCCUUUAACAUUUGACCCGUAUGGAAUCACAUUUACAAAUGAUGGAAAGACGUUACUUUGCUCCACAUUCUCACAUGAAAACGUUGGCAGUGUGUACUGUAUAUUCGAAGAAAGUGAGAAUGAUUGGAAAAUAGGCAAAAGUUUUGGCACAUAUACAUUGCGCCGCCCUUAUUCUUUGCUAAGUGACAAAGUUUCCAAUCACAUCAUUGUCAGUGAUUUACCCAGUUCUAGAAUUGUCAUUUUCACACCCGACGGUCAAAUGGUGAAAUCAUUCCAAACUGCGUCAAUGAUUAAACCAUUUGGAAUUUGUCUGAAUGAACGAACUGGGGAAUUGAUUGUGUGUGAUCACAGCAGUGAAAUGGUGUUCAUUUUCAAAUAA